UUCCAGGAGGAGGGGAGAGAAGAAGGGGGUGGAGGCGGGUGAGAGUGUGCUGAAGCCUUUAAAUUGUGGACAACUUCCAAUGGAUGUGAGUGACAAAGAGAGACUGAGAAACACAAUUAGGGAAAAAAAUCCUGAGGUUGAAAGGAGAGAAGAAGAGGAAGAAAAAGUAGAAGAAGAAGAAAUGAAGGACUUGGCGCAGUCAGUAAAACCCGGGGUGUUUCAGCAGAGGGGAGGUAAAGUAACUCGACCCAAAGUUUGGCUAAAGAAUGAACUCAUUCGUGUGGGACUUGCUGAAUCACUUAGCACAUAUGUCAUGAUGUCAUUGGGCUUGGGGUCUGUGGCCCAGGUAGUGACCGGUCAGGGAGCUUUUGGACAGUACCUCAGCAUCAACCUAGGUUUUGGACUGGCUGUUGCCAUGGGGUCUCAUGUUGGAGGGAAGAUCUCGGGGGCUCAUAUGAACGGAGCCGUAUCAUUCACAAUGUGUGUGUUUCGCCGCCUCCCGUGGAAGAUGCUACCUCUUUAUAUUUCAGCACAGCUAUUGGGGUCAUUUCUUGCAGCAGGGACAAUUUAUGCUGUCUACUAUGAAGCCAUUCAUGACUACUGUAGAGGAAACCUGACUGUGACUGGUGAGAAGGCCACAGCUGGUAUCUUUGCCACCUAUCCUGCUCCAUACCUCUCUCUGAUAGCUGGAUUUUUUGACCAGGUAUUUGGCACAGCGAUGCUACUACUGUGCCUUAUGGCUCUAUCCGACCAGAAGAACAAACCAGCGCCAGCAGGAAGUGAGCCUGCAUUUGUGGGUUUCCUGGUGCUUCUCAUUGGCAUUUCUUUGGGUAGCAACAGUGGUUAUGCCAUCAACCCCACCAGAGACAUAGCACCCAGGGUUUUCACUGCCAUGGCAGGCUGGGGAUCUGAUGUGUUCAGGGCUGGAAAUGGAUGGUGGUGGGUGCCUCUAGUUGCCCCCCCUAUUGGAGGAGUCCUUGGAGCAGGGCUAUACAAGGCUGUUGUGGAACUGCAUCACCCACACCUCUCUGAAGCGGGUGGAGAGAUGGUUGAAGAAGCUGUCCCUCUGGAUAAAGAGAUAAAUACCAUUGAAAAUAUGUGUGUGUGACACCCUAGCU